UCAUUUUCCUGGACGUGGAUCCCUUCUAAACCUUACAAGAUACUUUUUCUCUCCUGCCUGUCUUCGUGGAAUAAUUGGGAACAUGUCUUGACCAACCAAUCGGGAGUUCCGGAGCUCCAGUCCUGCCUGUCUUCGUGGUAUAAUUGGGAACAUGUCUUGACCAACCAAUCAGGAGUUCCGGAGCUCCAGUCCUGGUGAGGAUACUGCUUAUUUUUCUUCUUUAAAAAAUCUGAUGAAUCUACAACAUGGCACCCGAACCAAAAGGCGAUGGACAGUAACUAUCAUCACCAGGGUUUGGAGAAUGGGUCCCUCCCCCCCACUCCGAAGUUCGAGUGAGAUGUGACGUCGAAAGAAAAGAAAUCCUCUCGUAUACAGAAAUUACGAAAACAUCUCAGCUGCGGUUUCGGACGCCUCUCCAUUUCAAAAGAAGAAAUCAUCCCAGAAUUUGGCCAAGACAAUGAGAACUUGGAAGCGAUGAUAGUGAAUGGGGUGACUACAAGUCACUCAGAUGUCCUAUCUUCAGCUUGCGUAGAGCCAGUCGAUAAUAUCCGAUCCCUUUUGGAGCCAAAUGGAAAUGUCCUGCCACCCUCGGCCUCCUUCAUUCGACCUCUGCCCCGAACGAGUUCUAGUCACAGCCAUCUCGACAAGUACCUCAAAAAGUUCGGGAAGUCUGUAGGAGGUCUUCGAUCACCUGUGAAGCGCCAAUGGUCAGCUGGCGAAUCUCACCUCAACCGCGAAUUCUCAAGAAUAAGCGACUUGGAUGUCCGUCCCCGACUUCCACCCAGGCCAAAGUCCGAAUUUUUCAACGUUGGAGAUCCUAACAAAUAUGCCAAGAACGCCACCUAUGAGCCUUCCCUCGGCUUUGGUCGCUCUGAAUCUUACAUAAAAUUGGAGCAGCUGGGUGAAGGGUCUUAUGCUACUGUCUAUAAAGGGUUUAGCGAAUUAAACAACAAGGUUGUUGCUCUUAAGGAGAUACGGCUGCAACCCGAAGAAGGAGCUCCAUUCACGGCCAUCCGAGAAGCCUCCUUACUUCGUGGUCUAAAACAUGCCAACAUUGUUACCCUUCACGAUAUCAUCCACACAAGGGAAACACUCACUUUCGUCUUUGAAUAUGUUCAUACAGACCUUAGCCAGUACUUAGAAAGACACCCUGGAGGUCUACAUCCUAAAAAUAUAAAACUUUUCUUAUUCCAACUCUUACGUGGUCUUGCCUACUGUCACCAGAGAAGGGUUUUGCAUAGGGAUUUGAAACCACAGAACCUUUUAAUUAGCGAAGUUGGAGAACUGAAGCUUGCAGAUUUUGGUUAG